AAAGGUUAUGUUUACAAAAUGAAUAAAUUAAAACUUCUUCAUGAAUUAAUUCGAUUAAAUACCUAUAAAAAACCUGCAAUAAACUACACUUUAAUAAGAUGUGUAAAAACGGAUAUACAAAAAAAAGAAGAGAAAGAUAUAGUUGGUAUCGCGAAAGAAGUGGAAGAUUUCAAAAUUUCAAGAUCGGCAACGAUUAGAAGACUUGUUUACCUUUUUGGAGUUGAUCAAAACGAAGCUUUAGACAUGGUCUCAAAGCAUAAACAAUUAUGCUACGUAACGGGUCACUUAUUGAAUGAAAACUAUAAAUUAUGUGUAAAUGCGGGAAUGAGAAACCCGACAAUUUUAAAAUGUGUUGAUGUGCUGGUGUUCGAUGAUCUUCCGUUACGACUUAGUAUUUUAUCGAAAAUUGGGCCUAUCAAUAAUAUGGCACCUUUAUUAACACUACCUCCUCCUACUUUAUUAAAACUUCAAAGUGAGUUUGCAAUCAAAGGAAAUGUUAUUUAUAAAUUAGCCGAGUUGUUAGAGGUUAGUAGUUUUGAAAUUAGCAAACAAUUUGUUAAAAAAGCGUUCUUAUUGAGACUUAAUUUUGAAAAGGUUUCUCAAAUUAUUGAAUUGUUUAAAGAAAAUAAUAUCACAGGACAAAUGGUAGCAAAUGAUUUAACUGCAUUAAGGUAUUCUUUACCUACAAUUAAAAACAGAAUAGAAUUUGCUAAAACUUGUGGUGUUCUCGAACUAAAAACGUGGAUGAUUAGAGUUGAUCCUCAAAUUUUUCAACAAUACAUUAAAAUAAGAUUGGAAAAUAAAGAAAUUAUAGGAAAUAAAUCAGUAGCGGAGUAUUUAUCAGAACGAUUAGAUUGUUCGUUAGCAACCGCCAACUAUUUAGUUUAUAAGUUACCAGCCCUAAACAAUAAAAGUGUGAAGAAAAUGUCGGAAUUAAUCGAUUUUUUGUAUGCUCAAGGAUACACUCCUGGUCACAUUUGCAGAGUCCCGAAAAUUUUACUCCAUAGUAUUGAAACGACAAAGAAACGUUUGAAAAUACUUAACGAAAUUGGAGUUCAAGUUAACACAAUGUAUGUUCUCAUUAAAAGUCAAAAAUCAUUUCAAGAGUAUUACGACAAUUUAGUUAAGAAUUUAAUGAAAAGAAAUAAAAUUCAAAAGAAACCUUAAAA